CUGCGGAACCUCAUGCGGCACACGGGAGCGCACAACAAGAUCCAGGAAGAGACAGAAAUGUGGAAAAUCAGGGAGUGGGAGAAGCAGACAGAAGAGACGUACUGGAGGAGGCAAAGCAGGAUGCUGUCGGACACCUCCAGAUGGACACUCAAGACUUGCUGGAUUUUUGCUCCCCUCGCUGGACUAACCCCUUGCUCAGAAAGUUUCUCCAUCAGAACUGACAGCUGAAGGACAACUGUUCUCUUUCUGCAGCAGUCGGAUGCGCAGUGACGGCUUUGAUGACGAGGGCCACAGGGCCGACUGGAAAACAAAGAACUCACACUUUCUUGACCCAGUCGAAGAUGAUUUUCUUAGAGCACGGUCCUGGAAUAAAAAGCUCUAUGAAUGUGAAGCCAACAUGCCAGACAGAUGGGGUCACAGUGGCUAUAAAGAGCUAUACCCUGAAGAAUUUGAUACAGACAGUGACCAGCAAGAAGGAGAUGAACAAAACGCUGUCAAUGGGAAGAAGAAAUCUCAUUUGAGAAAGCAAACAGCCCACGGCUCGCACAAACGGAAAAAAACAAAGAAAUCGCACAAGAAGAAGCAAAAAAAGCGUUCACACAAAAAGCGAAAGAAAAAGAAAAAGGAGCAGGGGAGAAUGUCGUCAGAUUCUUCCCGGGAGAGCGAAUGCUCCGAAGAGGAGACUUCAGGCACUCGCAAGGGGAAACACAAGCGCAAGAAAAAGACCAGGAAAGUGCCUGCCAGGGAACCUACCUCGUCUUCUGGGCAGGAAAGUGACUUUUCCCAUGCAAGCAGCUCAACCACCAGCAGCUCUGAGGACAGUGAAUCUGAGGAGAAAAAAGAGAAACGCCCCCCCAGAAAGAGAAAGAAACGUCACAAUUCUGUGUCGGAGAGGCACGCCGAAGUACCGGAGAAGAGGAGCAAGAGGAAGAACUGGAAGGUGGCUGCAGAUGAUAAAUCUGAGGAUAGCUCAGACGAGGACUGACGAGGAAUUGCUGAGUCCAGGCUGUGGCUCAGGCGAUACAGUAGAGGACAGAGGCAGGUAUUUUUCUUUCAGCACUGCCCCAUCUUUCAGCAUUUUUCAGCACUGUGGUUUAUCCUUCCUCCCAGACCGCAGGGGGGGAACUGAGCCUUGGCAGCCAGCAGGAGCUGCCCCCUUGCUUUUCCUUGACUCAGGAAGGCAGGGGAGCAGUUCCCUGCCUCACAGGUUGGCUCGUCCUGCCAGCUUCGGAUUUGCUUUAUGCGACCAGGUUGAUCUUUGAUGCACAGAAACGUGACGGGCUGUCUGCGGGGGGAAGCAGGCACGUUUGCACCAUUUUUAUUUGUUUUAUUUAAGUUUUAACAGUUUGUUUUUUUUGGGUUACCCGAUUAACGACCAAAACUUGCAAUAAGAGACGGGAGACGCACGAAGUCCAUCAGCUGAGCUGCUAACAAAGAAGUGUCACUGGAUUUACCCUCUGGUAACUGUGUCUUUCCCCCUCCAACAGCAGCAGACCUGUGUGGCACCACGCGCAGGCUCAGCUGGACGCGGACAGGAGCAUGAGGGAAUGCUCCCGUUCCAGCAGGAGGUGCGGGGCAAGACACCCGUGCGUUUGCUUGAUUUAGACGUCUCUCCAAACCCUGGCACAGGCUGGAGAUUGCCUUGCCUUCUUCCUCUCCAGAGGGCUGCUGCACCCGUUCGUGCCAGCAGAGAGCCCUCGGCGGGCGUUGUGUGCUCUCCAGCCUGCCUAAUGUCUUAAUGGAGAAGGGCAGAGGCCGGAUCUCCGUGCCGUGCAGCAGCCAAGCCUUCUUCUCACGAGAUAAAUAAAUCCGGAGCUGUUUGA